AUGGAAGACUGGGAGGUGCGUCUGGCUGCAGGAAGGUUUACUCCGCUGGCCGUUGCGCAGAUGAAUACAGAUUUCAGCUUAAAUAUGCCAACUCACCACAACGCUCACGAGAGAUCUCGAUACAGCGAACAUAGAAGAAUGGCAGAUCCUGUCGACCCAUAUCUAGGCCAGCAAUGCGAGCCUGCAGAGAGCAAGCUAUCUGAGCCUAUCGAUCCAUAUUCAUUUGAGAACCCGUACUGGGGGCAACCCAGCUGUGACAAUGACGUGUCGGAAAAUCCAUCAUGGUCACCAACACCAACACCACGACCAGAUACGUUCAUCGCCCAUACUGCUCCUCCAGAUAUUCCUAAAGCGGAACAAAGAGCGAAUGACAAAAAGGAUGGCGGGCCAGCUCCGGAGAUAAAAAAACGUACUAGCAAAAGACGAAAGAGGAGCACAUUUACUACCCAUACGGGCUCGGACGACAAAGAACAAAGGCGGAUAGCGCACAUAGUCAAGAAUCUGCAAAUUUUUGAAAACCAGCAAAAGAUGUAUGGGCGGCAGCAGCUAAAGGCAAUUAAGGAUGGGAUUGCUUAG